UACACGCGGCAGCCCCGGGAGGAAGUGGCUGUACGGAUUGUGUUGGAGUAGCGAGCUAAUAGGUAGGGCUCGGGGUCCAGGCCUUAUUGGGUGGGUGGUGUGUAAAGCUGCUGGCGCCGGGGAUAUUAGAUUGACAAUCAUGUCAGGACAAAGGAUGACCCGUGAAGCCUUUGAUGCUAUAGUGCAAGAGAAAAUGAAAAGGUACCGUGUAAGCAUGGACCAAGCCAUGUCGGAUACUUUACGUGAAUUGGAUGGCCCAUCCUCGUCAAGAAGACCAGUGAAUGACAUGGACGCUCUUUACAGAGAUAAACAAAGGUAUCCCAUGCAUGAUGUCCCUUACGGUUCUGUAGAUGGAGACUGGGAUAUGGAGAUGAGGAGAGAUGGUAUUUCAAACCAGCCUUACCGUCGAGAAUUAGACAGGGAACUCUCUGGUGGAAGAAACUUCAAUCCUCUUUUAGACAGAUGGGGUCCUAAUGACCCAAUUGUAAAGGAAAGAUUAUACCGAGAAGAACUACAUGCUACAAAUCGGCAGCUUGGUGAACUUGAAAACUUAAGAGACUUGAGCUUAUCUCGUAAAAAUUGGGAUCUUGAUCACCCUCUUCGUGAACCAGAACAUCCAAUGGACCGAGCAGAAAUUGUCAGGGAUUUGCGUUCUAGGAACGAGUUUGGCAAGGGUGUUUUCGAGGCACAUGGAGCUUUGGAGCAUGUGGCCAUAAGGCGUGGGCAGAAGAAAGGAAAUAUAACACAACAUGCCCAUAGUUUUGCUGGCAGACCAGCUAAAGGCGGUGAACCCUCCACUAAACAAGAUGAAUUAGACAAAGACCAAGUCUUUAAUAUUGGCUUGCAGAUUGUCAAAUGGGCCAAAUUUGACUCUGCAGAGGAUAUGGAAUUUCUAAAACAGUAUGCGUCUGUGUUCAAAGUAAAGACUGAUGCAUGUAAGAUGUUACUGGAUUGCCUCAAAUGUAAAAUGGCUGUCUCUCACAGAGAGAUGUGCUUUUCUAGUGUAAGAACUGUAGUUCCUCCUGUCAUGAGGAGCCCCAGAAUUGACAAUGACCUGUUGGAUUUGUUGGUUAGAACGAGAACUGUGAAAACGAAGAAUGAUUUCUUUAACGCAAUCAAACCAUUUGACAUGGAGAUGAUGUUGGUCCAGAAGAAUUUGCUGCAUUGUAUAACGCCUUUGCUGCUUGCCUGUAAUGCAUAUGAAAUAAAGCACUUUGUUCUCACAGACCCAAGAGAGCUAUUUGUUGCCCUCAAGAGCACUGUGUUGUUGUGCCGGCAGUCUCUAGUCCUGAUAGGUCAGACAUUUGCGAUGAUUAGCGGUGCCAGACAGAAUAAUGUUCUUAAUUUGCUAAGCGUCUCUGAUCCAAAUCUGAAGCCUAUAGACUUUCCAAAUUUCAAGAGCUGUUUUCUUUUUGGAGGAAAGUUUGUUUCACGAUUGACAACCUGGCUUCAAAACAAAGACAAUAAAUUAAUCUUAAAAUCCCAAGCCAAGGUACCCGAUGAUAAAAAAGUUCCUAAGAAACAAUCAAAGCCUGAUGGAGAAAGUCAAGAAAAGAAAGCCGCUGAUGUCAAUGCUAUUGCUACUAUUGAUCAGCUGUUUGAAAAUGCAAAAAAAGGCAACCAGGCUGCAGGAGCAAAGUCUCAAUUUGGGUUCUUGUUUGAUGAGGGUAGCAAUGAAUAUAAAUAUUAUCGUCAAAAGUUUGUCGAAUUUCAGGAAUCCAAAAAUCAGAUACAAACACAGAGCACACAGACAAAAAGUUGUAAGCGGUCUCCUGAAGAGUUGGCUACUGAUUCAGUGAGGGCAAUGCUGUAUGCAAGAAAGGUACAAAACUUGAAGAAGAAACUCUUCAGGACCUUGGCCUUCUCAAGAAAAAGAAAGCAGGCCAAACUUAAGAGACGUGUGACAAAGGAAAUGCCUUCUGUUGAGGAGGAAAAGAAGGUUGAAGAACAAGAACUAAAAUCUAUACCAGUAGAAGAAACUACACCAGAAACCUCUGCUUGUGAAGUAGAUGUCAAGUCUGAGAAGAUUCCAGAUACAUGUUCUGUGUCCAGUAGUUCACCUGCUCAGAAAGUAGAGGAAAAAGUGGAGGAAAAAGAACCAGUAGCCACAGAACCACUGGAUGUUGAUGAGAAGACCAAGGAUACGGCUAUAAAGUUGGCAGAGUUUGUCGCUCAGAUGGGACCAGAAAUAGAGCAGUUCAGCAUGGAGAACAGCGUAAACAACCCAGAGUUUUGGUUUUUAUGUGACAAAGAAAGUCCUGCAUACAAGUUCUACAGGAGUAAGGUGGAGGAGUUCAAGCAAACUGAAGAGGCAAUGUCUGAUAACGAAGAAAUUGGCCUAGAGGACUGUGAUUUGGAAAAUAUAAGGACUGGAGAUGAACCACAAAAUGAUUCUGAUGUGGAAAUUGAUGCAGAGUGUGAAGCUGCUGAAGCGCUGAGCACAGAGAGUGCUCCAGUAGCUGCAUUUAGUCAAAUGCCUACUCCAGCUCGCCCUCCCAUAGCACGAAAAAGAGUGGCAAAUCUGAAGGUUGGCUUGCUUCCACCCAAAAGAGUGUGUCUUGUAGAAGAACCCAAAAUUCACGAUCCAGUACGUAUUGAAUAUGAGCGUCCACGGGGGCGUUCACGCCACAGAAUGAAGAAACCAGUGGAUUUACAGUAUGCCAAUAAGAAGAUUACCCAGCAGAAUGUGGGUUUUAAGAUGCUGAGUAAGAUGGGCUGGCAAGAAGGUCAAGGACUUGGCUCCCGUGGUUCGGGCAUCAAAAAUCCCAUAAACGUGGGCACAAUCUCUGCUGGAGAGGGCUUGGGAGCUGAAGAAAAGAAGUCUGGCAAUUCUGCAAACUUUGAUGCUUUUCGUCAAAGGAUGAUUGAGAUGUACAAGCAGAAAAUUACCAAAUGAUGAGUAGGAUACUGGAAACUGCUGAAAUCUGAAGCUACUUUUUCCUGUAUAUUUUGGGUCACAAGUAGGACCCCCAUAGUUUUCCAACUAAAACGUAUGUCGUCUUGAUCUUUCCACAAGAUGGUUGUGUUGUUGUUUUUUUUUUUUAAUGAGCUGAGAUACAUGUUUUGCUCAUGUAAAAAUGUGUAUAUCCUGUUGCACAUUUCAGAUGUAUGACUUUUACUAAACCAUUUAAGAAAACAGGUUUGUUAGCAGUUUUUUUUGUGCUUAAUUUUUCUUUGCACAGCAAAUAUUAUCUGCCCUAAAUCUGUUAGUUAUUUUCAAGUGUGUCUUAAAGGGCUUGUGCAGUGCAAAGAUAUUGAUGACUUAUCCUCAGGUUAGGUCAUCAGUAACAUAAAGGUCAGGCCACAGCUCCCAACACCCCCAAUGAUCACCUGUUUGAAGAGGUAGAAGGACUUGUGCGAGUGCCGCUUCCUCUUCAAAUUUACAUGUGCGCCAUCUGACUUGCAGCAAGUAAUUACAACAGCUUAUUCCAUUCUCUUGGGCAGCUGUAAUUACACUGACACCUGUACAAGUGGGACUACGUGCAGGUAGGUUU